CAUCCGCACUUUCUAACCGCCAAAUAAAUCAAACACAGUGAAUUAAGAUGGUAUAUUAGAACCAUUUAUCUGAAAUAGACUCGUUUUCGUUUUUAGCUGAAUAAUGAAAUGUACUUAGACCUAUAAAUUCCCCAGUAAAAUAGUGUGUUUCACAAGCAACAGAUAACUACGCGGUGCACUUCUCAAUUAUGCAAAUCCGCUUUAUGACGCAUGACGCUCAGUGGGCCGCGCGCUCAAUGCACCGUGAUGUUUGGUGAGAGAUGAGUUUUAUGCCUUGAUAAGUGAUUACAAGAAGUCACAGUCAAGAUGCAGCACACCUCGUGCACAGAGGACCGGAUCCAGCACGCUUUGGAGAGAUGCCUGGAUGGACUCCGGCCAUCAGAAUGCCUGUCACAAUCCUGGAGUGCUGGCUGGUGUAUGAACCGCUGGAGUCUAGAAGAGCUGGUUAAGAGGGACCCAGAACAUUUUGUCAUUCUGCUGCAUCAAAUUCUCAGAAAAGCCAGAGAGGUUCAGCAGGAGUGUCAUUAUGAGCUUGUGGCCCCCUUGGCUCUCAUGUUUGAGUCCACUCUCCUGGAGAUGCCUCUUUGCCCAUCUGAUGGAGAGAUUCUGAAAGAAGCUUGUGAAGUGUUUCAUGGCUUCCUAGCAUGGCCUGAACCCUACUGUAGUGUGUGUCGUAACCUGCUCUCCACUUUACAUCAAGAGCUUAGAGCUCCAGGGAUUUUGUACCACAGGCUUGUAGGAGAGGAACAAGGCCUUGCCACCUCCAGUCAGCGCUCUAAGAUCAUUACGGUGUUGUUGAUGAAUCCGGCUGAGGUGCCUGCUGAGUUCCUGUCUGUGGCGGAGCAGCUCAGUGGAGCAGAGGUCUCGCAGAGAGAGAGCAGCAUUACACUCAUUAAACACAGCUACCAGGCAGUGCUUGGAACUAAGUACCCACUACAGACCAUCAGCGGUGCUCUACAGUGCCUGAGUGAUGAUGAGUUGGCAAAGAACCUGUCCUCAGUGAGUGACCUUCUAGAGUCUGCAGCGGCCAUGACGGAUAUAGCUAAAGCUCGAGAACAUGUGAGGGCUGGUCUGGAGGCGCUGCGAGAAAAACUUGGCAUACCAGCCUCCAAUGGCAAGACUUCAGAUGGGGUUCUUCAGACGCUCGGCCUUCCAGCAGCCAAGUGCUACACCUUCCAUUGGGACAAGGAUAAUUUUGAUGUUCUAAACGACCUUCUAGACAUAGAGCCUGAAUUGACCUUAUCUCAAACAUCCGAGGGCAUGGAGGAGGAGGAUGAUGUUGACAAUGUUGAUGUGGAAGAUGAUGAAUAUGAGGACUUGGAGGAAGGUUUUGUAUCAAACAGUUGCACGGACAAUAGGGCCUCAACCUUCUCUACUGUCUCCUCCCUUUCCACGGCCUCCAAAGACUCCAUGUUCUCCACUCUCUCAGUCGCUUCCUCUGAAUACUCUCCACGCUCCACACUCUCAUACUCCUCUCAAGCUUCAGGCACUGACAGUGAUUUUUGUGAGGACGCAGAAGAGGACUGUCUGAGCACGGCAUCUGUGCCUAAGUCCAAAACUGGUGCUCGACUUUCCAAGCGCCUCUCACGACUCUUCAAACCUCGCAGCAGCUCUCUGUGUCGAGCUAAAAGCCUGGGCAGCCCUGAGUCUAAAGAAUUAGUGAUAACUGUCCGCUCUAAGAGAUCCAAUUCUCUGCCACAGCAAGUGCAACUGCGGAGCUCUGAGUUCGGGUUCCCAGCACCCCCCCUGUCACAGCUGCAGUAUGUUUGCUAUAGGAGAAGACCCAUUCUGAGCACCGAUGAUAUAGAAGGCCCACCAGGGCCCACGGUGCUCAGAGUGGUGGUGUUCGGGGCCGAUCAUGUGGCAGGGAGACUGGCCCGUGCUUACGGGAGCCUGAGAAAAAGAGAAAGAGACUGUCCACACCUGACCAAAGCUUUCAGGAUGAAGUUUUUCUUUGUGCCUGUGAAGAGAGAUACAACUCCAGCCAACGUCUCCAUGAAGAACUCUGGUUCUUCUCUGCAGCUGUCAGUGAGUCCACUGAAACCAGCCGCCUCUAGCACUCAGGAUCUCAUUAUGAAUGGGGUGGAGGACAGCACUAAUGACAUAGCCAAUCUUCUGGGAAUGCUGGAUCCCUGGUAUGAGCGGAACACUCUGAACCUGCUGGAGCUUCCUGUUAAUGUGGUGUGCCAGCAAACAUCCAAGAUUGAGUCGGACUCGUCUGAGGGUGCUGGUGAGGAGCAUUUACCCAUAUUUGCUGACCUGGUGCUCUAUUACUGCCGUCAUGCCGCCCGCCCUGCCCUCAUUCAGCUCUAUCAAGCAGAGUUGACACUAGCUGGAGGAGAGAGACGGACUGAAGUGUUUAUUCACUCUCUGGAGCUCGGACACACAGCUGGUACAAGAGCCAUCAAGGCCAUGGGUGCUGCAAGUAAGAGAUUUGGCAUUGAUGGCGACCGUGAGGCUGUUCCUUUAUCACUUGAAGUUACUUACAAUCGAAUACAUAUCAGUGGCAGAAGUCAGAAGACAAGGGCAGAGAAGUCCUGCACCUCUAUAAACCUGCUAAAAGCGUGCAGAAAUCCUGAGGAACUAGAUUCGAAAAUGGAGUGCCUUCAUUUGACAAUGACAGAAGUGCUAAAGAGACAAAACUCUAGAUCAAGGAAAGGCUACAAUCAGCAACUGACCACCACACAGGUAAAGGUGGAUAAGGUUCAAGUUAGUGGAACUUCCAACACCACCUUUGCAGUUUGUCUGGACCAAGAUGAGAAGAAAAUUUUACAGAGCGUGGCCAGAUGUGAGGUGUCCGUUUGUUAUAAACCCGAUAGUUCGACUGAUUGGACGAAAGGAAGGGUGUUCUCAUCGCAGACGCAGCCUCUGCAGCCAACCUUCUGCUCUCUGCUUUGUCUUCCUGUGGCCACAUUCAGUGGACCUCAGCCUUGAACCCAGAGACUCGGUUUGACCCUAAGACUCCAGCCUAAUAGACGUCCAUCUACGUAGUUACAACUCUCUAUAUCGACUGGGAAAAAAGCUGGGAUAAACUUUAAGGCAAAAGUGCUCUUUUAUUACAUUUGUGAGCAUCAUUUGUAUGCACAGCGAGGGUUGUUCGCUUCAUAUUCCUGAGAUGAGGAUAACUGGUUGAUUAGCCUGAGGUACACCCUAAUACAUUUCAGUGGACAAUUUUAUGGACUUAUAACUAACCUCUGUAUCAGGUUAUGAAUCAAAACCUGAGUCAUCUACAAUGAAGGUUUGGUACUUUGAAAGGGAUGUUAUUACUGGAUUGAAUUGGAACUGGGCCUGCCCUGGUUCUUAUAACUGGUUAUAACUGUCCUGGUUCUUAUAGCACUGUGGACACUGUAAUAAUAUGUUUGUAUAUAUGACAAAAUUAUUUUAUGUAGCUAUAAUCCAAAUUCUCAGGAAACAUAUCUAUAUUACUUUACAGUCUUUCAUUUUUUAAUUUUUUUAUUUAAACUAUGUCUGGCCAGAGAAUUGAGACAUGUUCUUUAGUCCUUAAAAAUCUAAUAUAUUCCGUGAUUAUUUUUGUAUAUGUUUUGUGUAUAUGUAUCUUAUUUGUGCUGUGUUGUGACUUUAAAACGAUCUCUUGUUUUGUAGUUUGGUGUGUUUGCCAGCAGAGGUCCUUAUAAACCAUUUGUUGAGUUAUUUCGUGGUCGCUGAAGGCUGAACAGUGGUAUAUAAACACCUACACUCUUAAAAAUAAAGGUGCUUAAAGGGUUCUUCACAGCGAUCCCAUUAAAGAACCAUUUCUGAUUCCACAAAGAACCAUUCAGUCAAAGAACCAUCUCUUUCAUACCCUUUUAUGAUCUGAAGAACUGUCUUUCACCACAAAGAACCUCUUGUAAAACAGAUCUUUAGAUGUUAAAGGUUCUUUAUGGAACUAUUAAGAUAAAAAGGUUCUUCAGGCACCUUUAUUUUUAAGAAUGUAAAUCACUGUCCGUGAAAAAACAAAACGGUUCAGUCAGUGCAAUGUAAAUCUGGCACAGUUUGUAAGUGAAACAAACUGAAUUCUUUCUUUGUGUUAUUUCAAAUUAUCAGAAUAACUGUCAAAACAAUUAUUUUCUCUCUGAUAAUUUUUUAAACACUUAAAGAUGUUAUAUAUGUUAGCAAAAUUAUGGAGUAGAGGUGUAGAAUGUAAAUAUACAUAGAUAUAUAGAAAAAAAGAAAAUUGAGCAAAUUGAGGGAUUUUACUCUCUCUCAGGGCCAACUCUUUUUAAAUAAUGUCUGUCUGUUUAUUAAACUUUGUAAAUACAUUCUAUCUGCAAUAAUACUACAUUUCAUUUUUAUGUGACAAUAUGUUGGACAGAGUGUUGUGGGUACAGACUACUGACCAGUACUUCUAUAAUGUACUAUUCACUGUUAUGCAAAAUGUCUUUUUUAUUAUUUUGUCAUUUGGGCAUCCAAGAGAGCUUAAAGCGGUACUUUCUUUGUAAAUUGUAUUCAUGAAGUGCAUUCAGUGGCUUUAUAUUUGAACACUGUAACAUGUCAAAAAUAUAUUAAGUAAAAGCACUUUUUAAAAUAACUCA